CUGUGGAAGCCAGUACAAACUCAACCCACAUAAUUUAUUUUUAUAUCUUUUUUAAGGAAAAAGCAGGGGGAAGGCGCGAGGCCGGCGUUCCAAUCCCCCAAUUUUAUCCGCAUUUCCCCUCGGCUCCUCGGCGUGGUGCUGUGGGAUGCUCCUCUGGAGAAAAGGAAAAAAAAAAAGAAAAAGGUUUGGCACCUCCAGACACGCUGUGGUGACAUCAAACUCCCUCUGCCCACCUCCAGCAGGGUCAGCCAGAGGCUGCUCCUCUUCCAUGCACAGCUGCAUCUCGUUACCUGGCAAUAAUUAAAAGGCAAUUCCAGCUGGCUGAUAAAGCCAAACCUUCUCACUCACAAAUGCUGCAGCGGGGGCUGAAAUUUCUGUGCCCAGCAGUUGGAGCUGUCCCAGGCCGUUUGAAGUGACGCAGGCUGUGGGUGCUUGGCCGCAAGGACGAGGAGGAGGCAGAACCUCUGAGGAUGGAGGCUGGAGGUCGCGGCAGUCAGAGCCCACUCCUCUCUCCGUGUGGGAUCGAGGCUCCCAAAUCCCCUCAGCCACCAAAGCCCCAGCGACAGCAUGUCCUGAGGCCGCAGCGCUGUGCCCUGGCAGCUGUCACAGGGGACAACUCAGCUAAAGGUCACUCCAGAAAUAAGACUUUCCGAGCUCUCUCCAGGACACCUUUGGAAGUCACUGCUUUGGCAUCUGUCGCCUCGGUCCCGGAGGAGUUGGGUUUCCCUGGGCUCCUGCGGCUCCUCCAAGGUGCUGCCAGCCUGGAGGGGCUCCUUGGGGCACUGACAGGUGACAGUGCCAGGAGCAGUGUCCCGCUGGAGCAGGCAGGUGACAGUGCCAGGAGCAGUGCCCCGAUGGAGCAGGGAGGUGACAGUGCCAGGAGCAGUGCCCUGCUGGAGCAGGCAGGUGACAGUGCCAGGAGCAGUGCCCCGAUGGAGCAGGCAGGUGACAGUGCCAGUGCCAGGAGCAGUGUCCCGCUGGAGCAGGCAGGUGACAGUGCCAGGAGCAGUGCCCCGCUGGAGCAGGCAGGUGACAGUGCCAGUGCCAGGAGCAGUGCCCCGCUGGAGCAGGCAGGUGACAGUGCCAGGAGCAGUGUCCCACUGGAGCAGGCAGGUGACAGUGCCAGGAGCAGUGCCCUGCUGGAGCAGGCAGGUGACAGUGCCAGUGCCAGGAGCAGUGUCCCACUGGAGCAGGCAGGUGACAGUGCCAGGAGCAGUGCCCCGAUGGAGCAGGCAGGUGACAGUGCCAGGAGCAGUGCCCUGCUGGAGCAGGCAGGUGACAGUGCCAGGAGCAGUGCCCCGCUGGAGCAGGCAGGUGACAGUGCCAGGAGCAGUGCCCCGCUGGAGCAGGCAGGUGACAGUGCCAGGAGCAGUGCCCCGCUGGAGCAGGCAGGUGACAGUGCCAGGAGCAGUGCCCCGCUGGAGCAGGCAGGUGACAGUGGCAGCACAGAGCAAGGCCAGCACACUUCAACGCCUCCUCAGGGAUUAACGAGCGCCUGCCCCUUUCACUUCGCUCACCUACAGCCACAAAACCCUGCAAACCCUUCCUUAUCCCUGGCAUGCUGCCACCCUGGGAGGUGCUGUGGUUCAGGGGAUGAGGAGGACAAACCUUUGUCCCACAGAGUUCCCUCAUGGAAACCUGGGCAUGAGGAAGUGAUCUGUGAUUGAAGCUGAAAAACCGAUCUGUGGUUGAAACUGAUCUGUGAUUGAAACUGAUCUGUGAUUGAUACUGAAAAACUGAUCUGUGAUUGAAACUGAUCUGUGAUUGAUACUGAAACUGAUCUGUGAUUGAAACUGAUCUGUGAUUGAAACUGAAACUGAUCUGUGAUUGAAACUGAAACUGAUCUGUGAUUGAAACUGAAACUUAUCUGUGAUUGAAACUGAAACUUAUCUGUGAUUGAAACUGAUCUGUGAUUGAUACUGAAACUGAUCUGUGAUUGAAACUGAUCUGUGAUUGAAACUGAAACUUAUCUGUGAUUGAAACUGAUCUGUGAUUGAUACUGAAACUGAUCUGUGAUUGAAACUGAUCUGUGAUUGAAACUGAAACUUAUCUGUGAUUUAAACCGAUCUCUGACUGAUACUGAAAUUGAUCUGUGAUUGGUACUGAUAUGUGAUUGAAACUGAAACUGGUCUGUGAUUGAUACAGAAACUGAUCUGUGAUUGAUACUGAUCUAUGAUUGAUCUGUGAUUGAUAAUGAAACUGAUCUCUGAUUGAAACCCUCUGUGAUUGAAACUGAAAUUCAUCUGUGAUUGAAAUCAGUCAGCGAUUGAUACUGAAACUGAUCUCUGAUUUGAAACCGAAACUGAUCUGUGAUUGAAACUGAAACUUAUCUCUGA